AUGGCUUCCUGGGGGACUCGCGUGUUCCCGCCAGACUGGAAAGCGCUGGUGGCUCUGAGGGACCAGCUGUCGUUCGUGAACCCUAGCCGCAGCCCCAAAGCUUACUGGAAGAGCGCGGAGAACUGCGAAGCGCUUUUUGGGGUGGUGUGUGAUGUCAACGGCUAUGUCACCGCGCUCACCCUAGUGGGAGUGGUGGGGCCGCUACCAGGCGCUAUAGGGAGCCUCCCUUCACUCUCCUUCCUAUCCAUUGCCAGCAACCUGACGAGCCUUCCCUCCACCCUUGUUCAGCUCAGCUCCACACUCACGGCUCUCCACUUAGGAAUUAACAACCUAGCUGGAACCUUCCCUUCUGUGGUGUUGCGGCUGCUGCAGCUGCGCACACUAAAUCUUGCUCAAAACCAGCUUACAGGAAACAUCCCCACUGGCCUCGCAAAACUUUCUCGCCUGGCAUUCCUCCGCUUGGACGGCAAUCAGUUUACAGGCCCCAUUCCCUCGCAGCUCUACUCCCUCACCAACAUCUCUUACCUUUCUCUGCGAUCCAACCGUCUCUCGGGCAGCAUUGCACCGCAAGUGUCAAACUUUAAAGCGCUGCAGCUGCUAGACUUGAGAGACAACAUGCUGACGUCAUCCAUCCCAUCCACCUUGCCAGCAUGUGUCAAGCUCUUCUGGCUCUAUCUGAGCAACAAUCGUCUCACGGGCUCUAUACCUGCAGCCAUCGGCAAGCUAUCGAGGCUCAGAUUCCUGCUACUAGAUUCCAACCGCCUCUCUUCCUCUCUGCCUGCCUCCCUCUCUGCUCUCUCCCUCCUCUCCCACCUCGAUGCCAGCAACAACACUCUCACCGGCCCCAUCCCUCCCGGCCUUGGCGAGCUCUCCUACCUCGCCUAUCUCGAGUUGGAUCGCAACAGCCUUGUGGGCGAAAUCCCACCCACCUUAGGCAACCUCCCUUACCUCUUUCAUCUAGACCUCUCACGCAACCAGCUUGAAGGCUCAGUCCCGGACAUCUUCCCCCCAGGCAACGAGUUGAACACUGUAGACUUGUCUCAGAACAAGCUCACCGGUGUGCUACCUGCCACUGUAACUACAUGUGCAUUCCUUGUAUCGCUUGAUGUCAGCAACAACGCCCUCAGCGGAAAACCAUCAGAUUUGAUCAGCAAUCUUCAAUCCCUCGCAUAUCU